GCGCUCUGUGGACAGAACAGAGAACGACGACUGGUUUAACCACUGCAGAGAUAACCGGGGUUCCAUUACGGCAACUCUUGGCAUUUCGCCAGCAACAACACUAAAUGUAUACACGUGUCAGUUCUCGAGCUCUGAUCCACCCUUGAUCGGCUAUGCGACCUUGCCUUGGGAACACAGCGAGUCGGAUUUACAACACGGUGUGGCAAUACAUCACGGAACACUGCCGGGAGGAGGGAUGGUUACAUUUAACCUUGGAGAUAAUGCUGUUCACGAGAUCGGCCAUUACUUUGGUCUGUUUCACGUGUGUGAGGGUGGCUGCACAGAAGAUGAAGACGAUGAAGUUGCAGACACCCCACGCUGUGCUGAUUACACGUAUAUCUGCACAGACCAACCAGUGGACACCUGUAAAUUUCAAAGUGGACUGGACCCAAUUCACAAUUACAUGGGCUUCAUGGAGGAUGCCUGUAUGUAUGAAUUCACACCAGGUCAGAUAACUAACAUGGCGCAGCACGUCAAGACCUUUAGACCUACUCUGAUGAAAAACAUCCACAGACCCUGUAAAAUAGACGCCGUCUUCCGCUGGUCAAACGGGUUCGUCUAUUUCUUUUUGGGGUCGAAUUACUACCGCUACAACGAAAGUCGUCAUGUGAUCGACCCAGGCUACCCUCGACCAACCAGUAGCCACUGGAAGGGUGUUCCUUCUUCAAUUGACGGAGUCUUUCGAUACGCCAACGGCUUCACUUACUUCUUCAAGGGAAACCAGUAUUACAGGUUUAAUGACACAUCGCUGAGUGUCGACCCAGGCUACCCUCGGCCCAUAAGUGACUACUGGGAAGGCGUUCCAAAUGAUAUCGAUGACGUCAUCAGUUACUCAAAUGGCUUCGCGUACUUCUUCAAAGGAACACAAUACUACAGGUUCAAUCCGCGUAACGAAAGUGUGGACCCCGGCUAUCCGCGCUCUGUGAGCUCUUAUUGGAAAGGGGUCCCAGGCGACAUGGAAGGUGUUUUACCGUGGCAUAAUGGAGGGGUUUACGUGUUUAAGGAUACCCAGAACUGGUUCUUUUUGCACAGCAGUCAAUCUAUUGGGGUGUCCUCCAGCUAUCCCAAGUCAAUCAUGCAGUGGUGGAGCGAUGAGCUCGAGCUAACUGGUUAUACGGCUUUAAGGCACCUCAACGGCCAGACGUUCUUCUUCAAAGGCGACCACUAUUGGCUCUUUAACGAUUUCUUUCUCCAAGUCGAGGUCGGAUAUCCGCGCGCCUUGGCAGCCUGGGGAGGAGUCCCAGCGGAUGUAGACGCAGCGUUUCUGUGGAGUGAUGGAUACGCGUACUUCUUUAAAGGGAAACUUUACUUCCGGUACGACAGCAGCCAGGAAAGAGUGGAGGAUGGCUAUCCACGUGAAAUAAACUCGUUUUGGAAAGGAAUACCGGAUAGCGUGGAUGCGGUCUUCAGAUACAUCGACGGUAUCACUUAUUUCUUCAAAGGCUCGGAUUACUAUCGCUUCAACGACGCAACCCGGGCAGUGGACCUAGGCUACCCGCGGUCGAUAGCCUCGUUUUGGAAGGGCGUUCCAGAUAACCUCGAUACGGUGCUUUCAGCGAGCAAUGGUCACACGUACUUCUUCAAGGACAACCUCUUUUAUCGCUUUAACAACACAGCAGAGCAGGUCGACAUUGGGUACCCUAAAUCAAUAGCCUUGUGGAGGGGAAUACUUUACCAGCCUUAAUUAACAAGAAAAUAAAUCGUUUGAAUGAACCAUUAAAUACGAGAAUAAAAACAAGACGCUUAUGUUCUUUCUUUGUCUCUGCUCUUCCCGACAAAAUUCUGUUCUCGUGACGUAGACAUGGAUUCUGAUUGGUUGUAGAUUACGUCAUCGGAAAUUUCUGACCGUCGAAUUAGCGACUUCUCUCUCGCUAACAGUCAAGAGAGCAAAGUUCCGGUUUAAAUUUCCGGACAUUUCCAGAUGCGAAUGGAACAGCAUUUUCCAGAAUUUCCGGAAAAGAAGACAACCUUGCAAGGGAAUUUCCGUUCCAUUUGACAU